GACAGUUCGAUAGCAGCUGAAGCAGCGGUGCGUGCACGCCUCGAGGCAAUUCCCACAUGCGCGUCGCCGUGCGGGCCAAAACACGCGCGGCUUCAGAACAGCCUCGGACAGCGGCUCGUGUGGAGGACAGCUUGCGGUUCCUCGCGCCGUGAUAGGCUGUGGCUAGUGCCAUGCAGGUCAUCCUGGACCAACCCCAGCCAUCUUUCCAAGCAAAACACAGGAGAGCUGAGUGACAACAGAGCGCCCUCUCCACACCACCCUCCGCACAUCAUCCCAGACGUGCACGGGAUGCUCCCGCAAGGCCUCCGCAGCUCCCGAGGCAGUUAGAACACCCAUUGCGCCCUGAUAUCCUCACCCCUCGGAACCCCUGCCCGCCCUCCACCAUGGUCAAGGGAGAGCUCUUUGCGUUCGGCUCGGCCGCGGCUGCCCUCGGCGGCGCAUACAAGCUCAGCGAGUUCCUGUACAAGGCCAAGCGCCUGCGCGAUGUCGGUCCCUCCAACGCCGUCUACGUGCGCAUCAUCGGCCGCGUGCGCUCCGACCUCGACGAGGUGCGGCGGCUGCUGUCGGUGCGCGAGGUCCACGACGCCCUCGAGUCCAACCCGGAGAAGUCCAAGUGGGUCUACGGCUGCAUGCGCGAUGUGCGCGGCGCCCUGGAGAACAUCACGCCGCACACGGAGCGCGUCGGCGGCGACAUCGAGGAGGGCCGCCGCAUCGGCGUCCGCCACCGCGUCUACUGGCUGCUCAGCGAGAAGGAGAAGCUGGAGAACCGCGAGAAGGAGCUCGCCAUUGCCCACGCCAGCCUGACCGAGGUCAUUGGCUUCCUGUCGGGUCUCGAGCCGAUGGAGGCCCCCAAGAAGCCGAAGAAGGAGGGCAAGGAGAAGUCCACCAAGGAUACGCACAUCGACAUCGACAUCCGUCGCGAGGGUCCCACCAAGCACACCGAGCACAUCGAACGUGAAGUCUGGGUCGAGCGCGACAACGGUCCGCGCCGCGUCGAGGAGCGUGAUGUCUGGAUCGAGCGUGACGGCCCUGCCCCCCGCUACGAGGAGCGCCGCGACAUCUACAUCGACGAGCGCGGCCCCCGCCACUUCGAUGACCGCGACCCGCGCCACUUCGACGACCGUGACCGCGGCGACCAGUACCAGCGCGACCUCGACUUCGAGCGCUACGACCCCGCCGACCCGCGCUACCAGCAGCACACCACGGAGCGCUACGAGCAGCACGACCAGUACGAGCGCCACGCGCCGCACCCGUCUGAUCGCUACUCGUCUCACCCCGGCGCGGCGCCCCUCGGCCGCCGCCCCGAGUCCUUCGAAGACCGCGUUCCGGAGCGCAACUCGUGGAUGCAGAGCAGCGAGCGCUACGGCGCCUACGGGGCGCCGCCCCAGUACCAACUGCCCCCGAACCAGCAGUACGCCGAGCGCGAGGUCUGGGUCGAGGAGAAGGAGGACUACCGCUUCGACGAGUAUGGGAACAGACUGCCGGACCGCUACUUCAAGCCCGAGUAUGCGUCCGUCCCCAGGCCAUACAAGGCCCGUAUUUAGGUGCGCGCAGUAUGAUAUCAGACGUAAUGAGCUUUUUUGUUUUUGUACAUGGACGACUGCGAGCUUAGUCGUAGCUACCCAAUAUCCCGUGUUUCUCUGCGCGCAGUGCCCGUCGAGUCGCUCAGUGAUGCAGUGUCGAAGUUUUGCGCGGGCAGU